CUCUCUGUCGCUCUGUCUCUCUCUCUCUCUCUCUCUGUCUCUCUCUCUCUCUCUCUCUCUCUCUCUCUCUCUCUCUCUCUCUCUCUCUCUCUCUCUCUCUCUCUCUCUCUCUGUAGAGGAACACACUUAAAGGGGGAAUCUGGGAUUUAAACAACAACAAAGGAGUCGCGCCAACACUUUUCAUCAGUCAUUACUUUAAAAAUCCCCAAAAAUUGAUGUACCAAAUAAGUAAUCCCAGAUUGCCACUUUAACUAUGUACAAUAGCUAUGUUGAAGUAUGUUUCUCUCUAGCGAGACAAGGGGGGGAGGAGGUCCAUUGUUGUGAAUGAGUGGAAAUAGUUUUGGCAUAGAGAACAGAGUGGUUGAUCCUUGAUCAUGAUGUAGUGUUCCUUGGGGCUCGUCAGCUGUUCAAAGCUCAGGACCGGAGAAAUAGAGUUUUCCAGCCUUUCAUCACAGGGCCAACAUGUAUUUAGAGAACGAGAGAUGUAGAAAGGAAUUGAGGAAGGAAAUAUACAUUUCUCCAGUGGGUUGUAUUGGAAACUCGUUGGACAGUCUUUUCAAGCAUCAAGUUAAGGAUCAUAUAAUUCCCCAGCUGUGCAUUCAUAAACUCUGUACCUAAUCUGAAGGGAUACUGUGUGAGCAUCAUAUGAAAUGAAUGACUUAUGUGUAAUUUGCAUUAAUUAAAUGUUGUCAUUAGAAUAUAAAAUGUUUUACGCUCAUUUGAAGUUCCUAUUUCCUGUCCCUGUUGUAAUUCAGACAAUGGUCAGAUGUUCCUAUUUCCUGUCCCUGUUGUAAUUCAGACAUUGGUCAUAUGUUUCUAUUUCCUGUCCCUGUUGUAUUUCAGACAUUGGUCAGAUGUUCCUAUUUCCUGUCCCUGUUGUAAUUCCAGACAUUGGUCAGAUGCGUCCUCCCCACGGCAGUGUGACGCCCCAGAAGAACAGCAACCUCCUGGUCAUCAUCGUGGUCUCCGUGGGAGCCGUUACCGUGGUAGUGGUCAUCAUAGUAGCGCUCAUAUGCACCAGGCGCUCGUCCGCACAACAAAGAAAGAAGCGUGCCACUCACAGUACAGGGAAGCGAAAAGGUAGUCAGAAGGACCUGAGACCUCCAGACCUGUGGAUCCAUCAUGAGGAGAUGGAACUGAAGAACAUUGAGAAGCCUGCCAGUGCCGCCCCCUCUGGAUGUGAUUCGCCCAUCCAGGGUUCCAUCCAGGAAAUCCGGUCUCAGUCUGUCAGUCACAGCCAAUCAGAGAGUCAGAUGGGAAGCAAGAGCAGCCACUCAGGUGUGGACAAUGACGAGGCUUCCAGCUGCAUCUCUACGUUAGAGCGCUCCCUAGCUGCCCGGAGGGCAACACGUACCAAGCUAAUGAUCCCCAUGGACUCUCAGCCCAGCAACACCCCUGUUGUCAGUGCCAUCCCAGUGCCAAUUCUGGAGAGCAGUCAGUACCCUGGCAUCCUGCCCUCGCCCACCUGCGGGUACAACCAUGGUACUCUGACCACCCACCCCAAGUUCACCCUGAGACCCAUGCCCUUCCCCAGCCUCACCGUGGACCGAUGCUACGCAGCAGCGAUGUCGACAGAGGGUUCCGCUCCGCUGGGGGUGCAGCAGCAGACUCUGGUUACCAGCAGCAGUAGCAGUCAGCCAGGUGGAGGUGAGCUCUCUCUCCCUGGCACAGAAGAGGUAGGGGCCACCUCCACCCGUACCAUCCCCACCGCCUGCGUCAGGCCAACACACCCCUUACGAAGCUUCGCCAACCCCCUCCUGCCACCACCCAUGGGUACCAUCGACCCCAAAGUCUACACACCCAUGAUGCCACAUUCAAGUGCCAGCCUUCCCAAGCCAACAGUAAAAACAGCAUCUCUGGGGCAAGCCGGCAAAGCCAGAUCACCACUACUGCCUGUCUCCGUGCCGACAGCUCCCGAGGUGGGUGAAGAGGGACAGAAACAGCCAGAAGACUCAGCCAAUGUUUACGAACAGGACGACUUGAGUGAACAGAUGGCGAGCCUAGAGGGACUCAUGAAGCAACUCAACGCCAUCACUGGCUCUGCCUUUUAACCCCGACAGCCCUGGCAGGGAGUCCCACCCAGACAGUCCGUCAGACCUACACAGCAGCAGCACAGACAGAUAGCAGUACCACAGUAUUACACCAUAGGGCAGGGCACAGAGAGAGAGGGGGGGUAUGGUGUCAGAACCUCAGAAACACAGAUACCUUUCAACCCCCCCUCCCCCAAAUACUGUAACCAACCCUUCUGACAGACCUCUAUGUUACCCUAUAAUACUGUAACCAGUAACAGACCUCUCUGUACCCCUAUAAAUGCUGAAACCAGCCCCCCUAACAGACCUCUCUGUAAUUCCAAAACAACAAGACUAACAAUUAAGGAGAAUCUAAAAGAUAAAGAAAUUAAUUUCCAUGUUUUCCCUAGUGUUGAUUUCCUUAUAAAACAUCACCUUUUGAGUUUUAAUUUAUCAAUGUUAAUUUUGGAGGGUUUCCUUGUGAGUUACUGGUGUAUUGGAUUGAACUUUGAACUGAAGGCACAAGUGUUACAGCUGGGUCUAUAGUAUUAAACCUUAGGAUUGUUUAUUAUCUCCAGACACCAAUGUUUCCCUGGACCCCUCGUUCACCAACGUUUCCCUGGACCCCUCGUUCACCGUUUCCCUGGACCCCUCAUUCACCGUUUCCGUGGACCCCUCGUUCACCGUUUCCCUGGACCCCUCGUUCACCGUUUCCCUGGACCCCUCGUUCACGUUUCCCUGGACCCCUCGUUCACCGUUUCCCUGGACCCCUCAUUCACCGUUUCCCUGGACCCCUCGUUCACCGUUUCCCUGGACCCCUCGUUCACUGUUUCCCUGGACCCCUCGUUCACCAACAUUUCUCUGGACCCUCGUUGCCUGGUGAUGUUGUGGGACAACAUGGGAGGUCUCACAGUAACCACACCCUUACGGUGUUGGAAUGAAACGUACACCAACUCCUUGUGAACCUGUGGGUGUCCAAAUAUGGACACCGUACACCAACUCCUUGUGAACCUGAGGCUGUCCAAAUAUGGACACCGUACACCAACUCCUUGUGAACCUGAGGCUGUCCAAAUAUGGACACCGUACACCAACUCCUUGUGAACCUGAGGCUGUCCAAAUAUGGACACCGUACACCAACUCCUUGUGAACCUGAGGCUGUCCAAAUAUGGACACCGUAAACACUCUCUCUCUUCUCUUUCCUAAAACAGUGACACAGUCAGUGACCAUAGCCUAGAACAUUCUACGGGCUGUGAGGAACACUGGUUAGGCCCAGGUACUGGAUCAUCUCAAUACAGACUCGACAGAGCCAACUUCAGACUCUGGAAAGUUCUGGAUCCUUGUUCGGGUCCAUCUCUGUUGCUGCUCGUCAACGGAACGUCUGCUCCUGGUUAUGUUGCUACCCUAUCACAACUACAGACAGCUGUUGGGUUUUGUUUGUUUGCCAAAUCGUAGCUUUGAAAUCAUUAGAACAACAUAAAGAUAUAUAACCACACGCUCCAGUCAAUGUAUGAAUGGUCUUUGAACGUACUGGGAAUCGAGACAGUAUCAAGUGGUAUCACAGGAGUUGGAAGGCUUUUGUAUGAAUAUAUGAUAUUUACUCUGGACAAUCCAUUGUUUUGGUUAAAACCACCCUAUUCACCAUCCCAACAUACAGCGUCUUGUGCAUUAAAACCCUGAGAGAUAUUUUUUGUUGUUGUUGUUGAUGAUGGUGGCGUUGAUGCUAUUGAUGAGUCAUCAUUUCAACAGUUAAGGUUUUCAUGAGACAGACACAUGUACCUCAGUUUAUGUAAGGUUGACUGACUAACAAAUGUGGUUCACCCAGGGGUUUGUUUUGGUCAUUUUUAUAUGAUAAACGAUGCAUAUUAUUCCAUAUAGUAUAUAUUUACAUCAGCAGUUCUGUCAAAGCUGCAUUACAACUAUUUUUUAAACCAAUUGAUUAAAACCCUACUGGCUUCUAAUCUAGUUUUACAUUAUGGGGCUGCAUGGGCUGCUAUGCAUCACUGACGAUAGAUACUGUACAUAACCUGAAGCCUUUUAACAAAACAUGGCAUCACUAUGUACCACUUCAGUGAUAAAUGAAUCAUUAAUCGCCAUGGAAAUAGGACAUCAAUAUUCUCAUGUUUGAAUCUGGUAACCCAAGGUAACUGUGCUCCCUUUUUCAUUUACAAGCCUCUAUCCCCCCCCCCCCCCUCUCUGAAGAUGGAUUGUCCCAGAGAGAUAAAGGGUUAGCUACAUUGUCAUUCAGAACAUGAACGUUAGCUACAUUGUCAUUCAGAACGUGUUUAGAUUAGAACCCAGAGAGAUAAAGGUUUAGCUACAUUGUCAUUCAGAACGUGUUUAGAUUAGAAGCAGGAGAUAAAGGGUUAGCUACAUUGUCAUUCAGAACGUGUUUAGAUUAGAAGGCAGGAGAUAAAGGGUUAGCUACAUUAUCAUUCAGAACGUGUUUAGAUUAGAAGGCAGGAGAUAAAGGGUUAGCUACAUUGUCAUUCAGAGCGUGUUUAGAUUAGAAGCAGGAGAUAAAGGGUUAGCUACAUUGUCAUUCAGAGCGUGUUUAGAUUAGAAGCAGGAGAUAAAGGGUUAGCUACAUUAUCAUUCAGAACGUGUUUAGAUUAGAAGCAGGAGAUAAAGGGUUAGCUACAUUAUACUGUAUCAAAUGUUAGGAUUCAUAUUAGGACACCGACUUGAAAUAGCAACAAUGCUAAAUAUGGUAUUGAUGUCUGUGCCAGUGAGACAUUCAAAUGGUUUAGUAUAGAGGGAAAGAAAAGUCACCGAUCAGACGACUCAUCACAAAACAAUGUCUUUAUUUCCUCACAGCAAACUGUCAAGUGUGCUCUCGUUCUACGUUGUACCAUUUGGGUUUUUCUUUGGAGUUUUUCUUUCAUCUGUUUGCCCAUAAAGGAAGAUUACACACAACAACAAAAAAAAAAUAGUUUCCAACAUCUAGAACGUUUCCAAGAUCUAGAACGUUUCCAAGAUCUAGAACGUUUCCAAGAUCUAGAACGUUUCCAAGAUCUAGAACGUUUCCAAGAUCUAGAACGUUUCCAAGAUCUAGAACAUUGAAACUCCAGAACAUGUCACAGUAUGAUGCGUUUAGGACACGUUCUGGUUUUUAAAGUUAUACAUCUUGGAAACUUGAUUGUUGACCUGUGAAACAUUUUUUAGGAUUGUGUCAAUAGUGGACUAAUGAAAAACAACACUGUUUUUUGAGUGGUAUUUUCUUUUAAGACUUUUUCUUAAUUUAAUUUAAUUUUUUGUUGAGAAAAAAAUCGAGACGUGUUCUAUGUGCCUAUACUUUUGUUUUUCCGUUUGUAGUUUUUCUCUUCGUCGGUCACUUUAUUUGUUUGGUGAUCUGUAUGAAAAUAUGAAACGUGAUUUUUAUUUUCUCUUCGCCUCGCCCCUAAGUGCACGGUAACAAAUGAGCUAUGAAGUUCUGUCGACAUAGUCUCCUCUCUUCUGAACGACAGACAAGCCACAGACUUUCGCUCUAUAUUUUAUUGUAUGCUGUACAUGUGUAUUACCAUGGAGAAAGGACCGCUGAAGCAAGACAACAUGAAAAAUAGGAUGUCAGUCCCAAAUGGAAUCCUAUUCCCUAUUUCGUGCCCUACUUUUAACUCAAGCCCUAUGGACUUUGGUCAAAAGUAGUGCACUAUAUAGGGAAUAGGGUGCCAUGGUUUUGUUCUUCUUCUAUUGUACAGUUCCAUAGAGCAACUGAAGGACAAAUUGCUAGUUAACUCAUUGACUGUGGGUGGGUGUGGGGAGGGGAGGGUACUUUUUACGAUCAAAUGUAAUAUAUUAUUUAGAGCGUACCUUACUAUUAUUUAUGAAGAACAAUGCUGAUCAUUCUGGACAUGUAGUUUAGUAGUAUGGGGGAAAAAACGACAUUUGGAAAAUCCAUUCAAGAUCUCAUUCUCAAUACUGUUAGGAAGGUGUCCGUCCCAUUUAAUGCCCUCUUCCUGUUCUCAUUCUCCCAUCAGCCACUUCAUGAUUGCAGUAUCAAUAUUAGGACAGACUCGGAGUCACAAGCAGUUAGUCCUAAUAUGGAUACCGUACAGGAUAGCACGUCCUCUCAGAAAAGGAAGUCACCCGUAGUUACCUCGAGUUGCGAAAUUACACAGACAUCUAUCAUGUCACAAUUUACCCAAACUGUCUAGAUUGUCGGGAUAUUUAAAUAACAAGUGCAUUUGAUAAACUGUUAUGGAUGAUAGGCUAUGGUAAUAACCUGUUAUGGAUGAUAGGCUAUAGGUUAUAACCUGUUAUGGAUUAUAGGCUAUAGGUUAUAACAUGUUAUAGAUGAUAGGUUAUAGGUUAUAACCUGUUAUGGAUUAUAGGAUAUAGGUUAUAGCCUGUUAUGGAUGAUAGGCUGUAGGUUAUAACCUGUUAUGGAUUGUAGGCUAUAGGUUAUAACAAGUUAUGGAUGAUAGGCUAUAGGUUAUAACCUGUUAUGGAUGAUAGGCUAUAGGUUAUAACCUGUUAUGGAUUAUAGGCUAUAGAUUAUAACAUGUUAUAGAUGAUAGGUUAUAGGUUAUAACCUGUUAUGGAUUAUAGGAUAUAGGUUAUAACCUAUUAUGGAUGAUAGGCUGUAGGUUAUAACCUGUUAUGGAUUAUAGGCUAUAGGUUAUGACAAGUUAUGUAUGAUAGGCUAUAGGUUAUAGCCUGUUAUGGAUGAUAGGCUGUAGGUUAUAACCUGUUAUGGAUUGUAGGCUAUAGGUUAUAACAAGUUAUGGAUGAUAGGCUAUAGGUUAUAACCUGUUAUGGAUGAUAGGCUAUAGGUUAUAACCUGUUAUGGAUUAUAGGCUAUAGAUUAUAACAUGUUAUAGAUGAUAGGUUAUAGGUUAUAACCUGUUAUGGAUUAUAGGAUAUAGGUUAUAACCUGUUAUGGAUGAUAGGCUGUAGGUUAUAACCUGUUAUGGAUUAUAGGCUAUAGGUUAUGAAAAGUUAUGUAUGAUAGGCUAUAGGUUAUAACAAGUUAUGGAUUAUAGGCUAUAGGUUAUAACCUGUUAUGGAUUAUAGGCUAUAGGUUAUAACAAGUUAUGUAUGAUAGGCUAUAGGUUAUAACAAGUUAUAGAUUAUAGGCUAUAGGUUAUAACCUGUUAUGGAUUAUAGACUAUAGGUUAUAACAAGAAAGGAUCACACUCUUUUCACUAACAAAAUGAUGAUGACUGUUGAGAAGGUGAAAUAUCCAGAAAGAAGUCCUAACUAUAUGUUCUUUGAAUUCAUACUUAAAAAUUGUCCCAAUUUAUUUUAUUUUAAUUGUUAACCAAAUUAGAUUUAGUGAUUUCAAUAUUAAAAGUGUACAUUUUGUUCAUUUUAAAGUGAAGAAAGGGAAUAAAGACAUGAUUGCGUACCUUAUUAUUAUAAAGAGUAAGAAACAUCUUCUUUCUUGUCUGUUUCUACUCACAACGUUGUAUACAAUUGCUGGUUUUGUAAUGCGCUGUAGAGCACGCAGUUCCUUUUUUUAAUAGAAACGGUAUUUCAAUGGUGUAUUCUUUUUGUUUGAUAAAUAAAGUUUUGAUACAAAAUGCAA